UAUGGCCUUCCAUACGCACCUCACCAUAUAAUAGGGAUCUUGCGUCUCUGCUACCAUCGUCACCACCUGGAGCGCUCUUUCAACAUCUCCUGUCGUUAUACAAGCUCGUACGGAUAUCAACUGAGUUCUAUUUGUUUGCGUUUGGUUCUCUGAGGCCUGGAAAUCCACGCUAUUUUUUGGAGAUUUGGAUAUUUUAGAGAUGUACGCACUUCCGGAUAAUGAGCGCAACGGAGUGGCGCACCGAGAGGGAGCGGAUGGCGCAGAGAGCCGCGCGCCGAAUGGCAUCAAGCGGCAGCGCAUCGUCUGGAGAAACGUUAUUCUUAUGGGUCUGCUUCAUGCUGGUGCGCUUUACUCCGUGCUCCUUGUCCCCAAAGCGCAUCCCUUUACCUGGAUCUGGUCCUAUAUAUGUUUCAUGAUCACAGCCCUUGGGAUUACAGCUGGAGCCCAUCGGUUAUGGAGUCACAGGUCUUAUAAUGCCAAACUGCCACUAAGGAUCUUCUUGGCUGCUGCCAACUCUAUGGCCUUCCAGAACGAUAUCUUUGAAUGGUCCAGAGAUCACAGGUCCCAUCACAAAUACUCUGAGACAGAUGCUGACCCCCAUAAUGCAAAGCGAGGCUUCUUCUUCUCACAUGUAGGCUGGCUGUUUGUGCAGAAACACAAAGACGUGAUUGAUAAAGGCAAGCGGCUGGACCUCAGUGAUCUGCUGGCUGACCCUGUUGUUGUGUUCCAGAGGAAAUAUUACAAAAUGUCAGUGCUGGUGAUGUGCUUCUUCCUGCCCACUAUGGUCCCGUGGUACUUCUGGGGUGAAAGCAUGUGGAACUCAUACUUCCUAGCCUCUAUCUUACGCUACACUGUUGCUCUUAAUCUCACCUGGUUAGUCAACAGCGCUGCACAUAUGUACGGCAACCGGCCCUACAACAAGGAUAUCAACCCUCGAGAAAACCGCUUUGUCACGUUUGGAGCUAUUGGGGAAGGUUUCCACAACUUUCAUCACACAUUUCCUUUUGAUUAUGCAGCCAGUGAAUUUGGCUUGCGCUACAACAUCACUACGUGUUUCAUUGAUCUCAUGUGCUGGCUCGGCCUCGCUAGCAACCGGAAGAAAGCCACAUCGGAGAUGGUCAUGGCUCGAAAGCUAAGGACAGGUGAUGGGAGUGCCUGAAAUGCCAAAAGCAGCACAGAUCUCUCAGCACCACUUAUUUAUCAGAACGGCAUUGUAAAAGUGGAGUGUUGUGUUCUUUCAUUAAAAUGUCUUUACUGCUAA